UAGCACUGUUUGAUAACCAUAUCGUGUCCAACAGGAGAGUGUAUUGUAUCCUGCUUCGCACACACAGCACGCAGUAGUGGAGAAUCCAAUAAGCACUCAUCGAAGGGUUAAAUUGAUGACGUGUCAAGAAAGGAAAGUGAGAGGAUAGCGUAAAAGAGUGGGGAGAAGCACAGGGAAAGAAAACCGUUGGCCUCAACUUCACCAAAGUCCACGUGUCUCCAUGGAGCAGAGCAGCCACGACCAUAGUCGCAAGUGAGUUAGUGAGUGCGCGAAAAAGGCAAAACGAAGAUAAAAAUAUUAAAAAAAAAAAAAAAACAGAAACACAGAACCACAGUCAACGUUUGUAUCUGGUGUUUGCAUUAAACCCAAUUGCACAGUUUUCUCUUUCACUCUAUUUUCAACAACUAAAACCCUAUUCUUCUCUUCUUCUUCUUCCAUUUUCAUCACCAUCACCAUGAUGUCUCCUUCUCAGCCACCCCAUUGGGCCCCAUCUCCGUCUCCGUCUGCAUCUCCGACCCCAACGCCGACACCAAUACUAAACAAAUCAUUCCUACCACCGCCGUCCAACACGCCGGCGGUUGACUUCAGCCCUCCCUUGAUAGCAAUGGUCGUAGUCGUCGCCGCCGCCUUUCUCGUCGUAACCUACUCUCGUCUCAUCGCGCGACACCUCAGGCCGCCUAUCCACCGCCUCCUACACCGCUUCCGGCGGCGGCGAUUCCCCCCGUCCUCCGUUGGCGACCUCGAGUCCUUACCCUACGAGUCUCCCUUUGACGGCCCGCGCGUGUUCUCUCCCUACGGCUUAGACGAAACGGUGAUUAAAACGAUACCGUUUUCGCUUUACACAGCUAAAUACGACGCUCGUUUCGAAGAGUCUCGCAACGACUGCGCCGUUUGCUUGCUGGAAUUCGAAGACGAAGACUACGUGAGAACGCUUCCGGUUUGUUCACACACGUUCCACGUGGACUGCAUCGACGCGUGGCUUCGCUCGCACGCUAACUGCCCUCUCUGCCGCGCAGGAGUCCUCUGCGCCGAUUCGCCUUUCACUCCGAUGAUGGCCGCAAGAAUCCGACCGAGCCUCGACGACGACACAAUUCUUCACCGCAUCAGCCUGGACCCUCUCAUCGAUCCCCCACCGCCCGUGGCAAUAUCCGCCGUCCCGGAGAUAACACCCUGCAUCGACGAGCAAUCUCCGAGGAGGAACCACAACCACGCGAACGUCAGCUCAGAGGAUUGUUUUAGGGAUUUUCUGCUGAAGAGAUCAUAUUCGUUUGGGUUUGAACGGAGUGUCGCGUCGGAGAGGAUGGUGAUGGAAGCCACCACUGCCUCGCCGUGGCGAUACCGCAGAGGGAGUAAUAGUUUCUGGAGCAAGAGGCCUUCACCGUUUGGGUCUUUGGGGAAACCAAGGGUGUUUUCAUUUCGGUAUUACAGAGGGAUGAAAUCACCGUUCUUCCGGCGGAGGGGAUUCUUCCCGCUGUCGGAGUCCAGCGUGAGGUACGGCGGCGGCGGGAGCUCGUCGCGGCGCAGCAAGUCGAUUGCAAGCCCAAUGUUUCUUCGGUCGUCGGGUCUGGCAGCGGCGGCGUUCUCGUCGAGCCGGCUGAGAUGCGGGGAUCCCGAGGCGCUUCUGUCGCCGGAGAGAUUUAACCGGAGGUGAGAUUGAUGCAAGGAAGGUAAAAAAGAAAGAUUGAAGCUUUCCUCGAGAAGUGAGAAUGGGCGGCAAGAGGACACGUGGCGGCGGUUGAUUGGUAGAUGGGGUUGAGGUUUGAUCGGAGAUGGGUGGAGAGUGGCGGUGUGGGUCAGGUCAAGGAGGAAUUUAAUGGAGGUGGUGGCAUGCGGUUUAAUUUAAUGAGACGGUCUGGCAAUUUGUAGAGAGUCAUUAAUGGAUGGUAGGAAGAGCAUUAAAUGGGAGAGAGAAGAGAGAAGAGAGAAGUAAGAGAUUUCAUGGUGAUAAGGGAGAAGAAGAAAGAAGAAAGAGUGGUUUUCUCUCUCCCUAUAUUUAUAUAUCUAUUAUUCUCUGUAAGUAUGCUCAGACUGUGGUGUGUGGUGUGUGGAAGCUCAUAAAUGAGCAAUGAGCAGAGGAUUGGAUAGAAGGUUGUGUUUUGAUUCUUGAACCGACCGAAGAGAAGAGGGUUUUGGCAAAUGCUUGUUCAUGCAGUUUCUUUAUGGCAGCACCGACUGAAGCCACCCAUGUGAAUGGAUUGAAGAUGCAAAACACACAUUAAUAUGAGUUAUGGUGCGACCUAGGUCACUCUGUAUAGGUUUAUGCCCACAGACGCAAGGCAUUUAUUGUGGCAUUGGGUAUGCUGACAAGCAACAUUGGUUGAUUCGUUUUAGUGCGUGACACUCUGCUGUGAAUUCUUUCAUCGUCAGAUAAUUAAUGCCAUUUAUAACAUUUUGAAUUUGGAAUCUUUUGUGAUCAAUGCUCUUUCAACUUUUUUAUUUUUCAACUCACCUUUUUCCAUAAACAAAUACCCUGCUCCUAUCUUCCUCUAAAUAUUUGUCUUUCUACCAAAACAACAAACACUUUUUACUACCCUUCUAAUAUGUAAAUCAUGUGAUGGAUAGAUAACAUUGAAAAUCGAUAAAUCAUGUGCAAUUUCAUAUUUGCUGUAAAUUUCUCUGUCUGUCUUCAUCCAAUUCAUUUCGAUGAAUCCAUUCUUUUCUUCUUUCGACAAAACAGAUCUAAAGACAUACCUUUGGUAUUUUGGCAACCAAACCAACACUGGUAGUAGCAUUCUUUUUGGUGUCUUUUUUUCCUUUGACCCAUAAUCAGCAAUAGUUGUUAACCUGUGUAGCUAUCAUCAUGCACAGACAACACAGUUACUGUUAACUUCACAAUCUGUCUUGAAGCCCAAACCAACUCUUCUGAGCUCAUACUGUACAAUCCGGCCCAGUAGAUUUCAAGUUGGUCCAAUCACUCACAGCAUACGUGGCCACGAAAAGGAUGUGUAAUUCAUCUGAGACAUGCAUUCACACCAAGUUAAGAGCUUAUAUUAUCAGAAUUCUGUAAGUGGUCACAUGCACUAUUAAUGUUGCAGAUAACAUUAAAGCUAGCGCAAAAAGUUAGGUGUGGAUUUUAUUUUUUAUCUCUCUCAAUCCUGUGUAAGAUUUUAAGUAUAUGAUAUGAUUGAUUGUUACUAAAAGUAAAAGAAAUUAAUUCUUCUGUAUAAUUUAGACCAACUAAUAACUUGAACGCUC